AUGGACCGGUCGUCUCCAACCUACAUGCUUGCCAACUUAACCCCCUUGCAUUCCGAGCAGCUCCUGCAAGGCUUGAACCUCCUUCGCCAGCACCGCGAGCUCUGUGACAUUAUCCUCAGAGUCGGCGAUGUCAAGAUCCAUGCUCACAAAGUGGUGCUUGCCAGCAUCAGCCCCUACUUCAAAGCCAUGUUCACCGGGAACCUUUCCGAGAAGGAAAACUCGGAGGUGGAGUUCCAGUGCAUUGACGAGGCAGCGCUGCAGGCCAUCGUGGAGUACGCCUACACCGGCACGGUGUUUAUCUCGCAGGACACCGUAGAGUCGCUUCUUCCGGCCGCCAAUCUUCUCCAGGUCAAGCUGGUCGUGAAGGAGUGUUGUGCGUUCCUCGAAAGCCAGCUUGAUCCUGGCAAUUGCAUCGGGAUUUCUCGCUUUGCGGAGACCUAUGGCUGCCACGACCUCUACCUGGCUGCGAGCAAGUACAUUUGCCAGAACUUUGAGGACGUUUGUCAGACGGAAGAGUUCUUUGAGCUUACGCAUUCCGAACUGGAUGAAAUUGUCUCCAACGACUGCUUGAAUGUCGUGACGGAAGAAACCGUUUUUUACGCGCUGGAGUCCUGGAUCAAGUACGAUGUGCAGGAGCGACAGAAGUACCUGGCGCAGCUGCUGCACUGCGUUCGGUUGCCGCUGCUGAGCGUGAAGUUUCUUACGAGGCUGUACGAAGCGAACCAUCUCAUUCGGGAUGACCAUACCUGUAAACACCUGCUAAACGAGGCCCUGAAGUACCACUUCAUGCCUGAACACAGACUUUCCCACCAGACCAUGUUGAUGACGCGACCUCGCUGUGCCCCGAAGGUUCUCUGUGCUGUGGGAGGAAAGGCUGGAUUGUUUGCCUGUUUGGAAAGUGUUGAGAUGUAUUUUCCCCAGAACGACUCCUGGAUUGGCCUGGCACCUCUUAGCAUUCCCCGCUAUGAAUUUGGAAUAUGUGUCCUAGACCAGAAAAUCUACGUUGUGGGAGGAAUUGCAACCCAUGUGUGUCAAGGCAUCAGUUACCGAAAGCAUGAGAAUUCGGUGGAGUGCUGGGACCCCGAUACGAACACCUGGACAUCUCUUGAAAGGAUGUUUGAGAGCCGCAGCACGCUGGGAGUGGCGGUGCUGGCUGGAGAGCUCUACGCCUUGGGUGGCUACGACGGGCAGUCGUACUUACGGACUGUGGAGAAAUACAUUCCGAAGGUGAAGGAGUGGCAGCUAGUGGCCCCCAUGAACAAAACAAGAAGCUGUUUCGCAGCAGCUGUCUUGGACGGAAUGAUCUAUGCCAUUGGGGGCUACGGGCCGGCCCACAUGAACAGCGUGGAGCGUUACGAUCCAAGUAAAAACUCGUGGGAGACGGUCGCUUCAAUGGCUGAUAAACGAAUAAACUUUGGUGUCGGUGUCAUGCUGGGCUUCAUUUUUGUCGUAGGCGGACACAAUGGUGUGUCUCACUUAUCGAGCAUUGAGAGAUACGAUCCUCACCAAAAUCAGUGGACUGUGUGUCGACCCAUGAAGGAACCCAGGACAGGAGUCGGUGCUGCUGUCAUCGAGAACUACCUGUAUGUAGUGGGAGGUCAUUCAGGGUCGUCCUAUCUGAACACGGUGCAGAGGUACGACCCCAUCUCCGACACCUGGCUGGACUCUGCUGGGAUGAUGUACUGUCGCUGCAACUUUGGCUUGACCGCCCUUUGAACAGCGGGACUUCGCAGGCCUGAUGCAAAGACGGAGCUUGACCCGCUUGAAGAUAAACCCUGCUGCCAGAGACCGUAAGCUGCGGCAAGUCGGAAGGUCGGAGG